AUGGAAGUUGAAGGUGAAUCUUUGGAUUGGAUUCGUUGUAUGAAUUCACAGUUAAAGUCACCUGGGACCUAUAUCGCAAACCGUUUGGAGUCUGUUUCUUUGGAACAGCUCCAGCGGGAAUUCUCUUCACUUUUACUCACUAGUCAGUCUCAUGGAUCCUCUCUUCUAUCCUCAGCCUUCUCUAACGCGUCCACUCACAAUGAUCAUCUGAAGAAGAUUAUCAUGUCAAUGUGGCCCUUGAAGGAGAAAGUUACUUCUUCCUACGAAGUUUUAAAGAACAUUAGGGACCAGAACACAAACAUAAUCAACUCUGUAAAUUCUCUGUUAAAUAGACUAAAUAUAGUACUAUAUAGCAAAAAGGCUUUAUCGACUCUAAUUAAAGCUAAUCAAAUAUUUCAAACACUUUGUAGUGAAUUAUUACACACAUUCUCACCAUUAGAUUUGGAUAAUUAUGGUUACAAACUAUUAAAUGAUGUAAGUAAAUUUUCUAAUUAUACACUAACUGACGUGCGUAACGACACUAAGCUAUCAAAUGAUGUUGUAAAAGUAUUAAAGCUAAUAGAAAUUGUUAACAAAAAUGUAUAUAAAGUUAAUAGUAUAAUCCACAAUAUUGAAGGAUAUAACUUGGAAUCAAGUUGGCUAUUAUUACAAUUUGCUCCAAGAGAACUACAGAGAGUUCUUUCAUUAAUUGAAGAGUUCAAGACUUAUGACACAAAGUUGGUUCAAUUACUACAGAACCAUCAGAUAUCCAGCGAAUAUGAAACUUGUUUACAGUAUAUUAUUACUAACCAUUUUUCAAUAAACAUAGGUAUUGAGUAUGGAAAAUUAGGAGUUGAAUUAUCAGUGAAGAGAUUGGAGGAGGAUGUUAAAGCUGUUAGGAAGUCACUAAUAACACUAAUUGAAGUGUGCUCAAACAUAGCUUUUACUAGGUUAUACAAACUGUAUACUGAGUUGAAUGAGAUGAAUAUGAUAAUUGAUAGCGAUGGAGUAGAUGGAGUGAGAAUUAGAGCCGAAAUUGACAAGUAUUUGUCAGCACUGGUGUAUACCAUUAAAGGCUUCAAACUACUAAAUAAUGAUCUAACACCUAUUUUGUACAUUUUUAAUGAAACCUUUUUAACACCAUAUUCUAACAUUAGUAAAACUGAUAGUACAGAUAAACAAUUUGAUGCAGUAAAUUUAGACGUGAUAGGGUAUGAGGAAAGCGGUAAUUUUGGUAGUUUUGUAGAUUGGGUUGAGUUUGUGAUUUUCAACCCUCAAAAGAGUGUUUUAAUACAAUUUCUAAAUGAAUUGUCAAAUUCACUUGGUGAUGAGAGUUUUAAGAGUUUGUGUAUUUUGGACCCUGUGGCACGUUGGAUUUUUAGCCUUGUGGAGGACUCGUUUUCGUUUAUUUUUACCCCCAUUUACCCGGAACAUUAUAGAGCAAAUUAUUUAUCAUUUGAACGUCUUUUGACACUCAUUGAGUCCAAUUCAGAUACAAGUUUAAGGCAUUUGCUAAAGUGGCGUGCAACUCCAGUACCUUACUCAUAUUCUACACGUUUUUGCUUCAACGUAAUCACAAACAGUUUUCUAGAUAAUGUUUUUUCAGUGGUUAAUUCUGAGCUCCAAAAACACCACGAACUUGACGGUAACUUUUAUAGACUCGGAGAUAAAACCUUUUAUCUCACGUCGAGCCUAACAGUUUAUAAACAAAUGAAUGAACUGUUUGAUGAAAAGUGUAUGUUUAAUCAUUUGUUCCCCCAACAUCUAAAGUCGUUUUCUGAUAUAGUCAAGUUAUAUCUCAAUCAUGUUGAAUCGUUUAUAACUCAUAUGGAAAUGAGUAAUAAUAAACCCGAGUUGAAUACACCAAGUAAAUCAGUUCUAGAUGGAAGUAAGGGUUUGAGUGGAGUGAAGGAUUUUCAUGGCGGAAGUGGAUUACAGGGAGGAAAAGGAUCUAAUGGAGGAUUUCUGUGGUCUUCAGGACUCUCAUUUGCAUAUUCAGCCUAUGUACUUCAUGACAUAAUUGAAGUGUUAAACUCGCUAGCUGUAAGUGAGUUGGGAAGAUGUAAAUUUGACAGUUUAAGGAAUGAAAUUACAUUUGAAGGGUUUGGCUCAGUUUCGAAACUAACUCUAAAAGUAUGCUCAAUGCCUUUAGAAUUGUACUUGAAAAGGAAGGACAACAGUGUGGAUCUGAGUCAGUUAUGGGAAAAUUCACUUAAACAGGAUGAAAUAUGUUUUAAAGGCGGAUCAGACGAAGAUUUGAAGUCGUUGGUAAAGUUUACAGUAAAGGCAAUGUUACUAUUAUUAGAAUUUAUCAAUAAUAUUAAUGAUAACAUCAACUUCAUCAAAGACAAACUUUCUCAGUAUAUUGUGAGUUCAUUGUACAAUAGUUCAAAAUGCAGUUUACAAUUCAUACAAUCACUCUCAUCCAAAUUCAGAUCCUCAAAUCUACAAGAGAAGAAUGAAGUGAGUGAUUAUGUGAAAUUUUUGGUGGCACCAAUUUGUUCAUUUAACGAGUUUACGCAGGAAAUACUCUCCAAGGAAGUGAUAAAGGACAUAAUGGUGAAAACGAUACAGCUGGUUUCCUCGGAUUACAUAUCACAUAUCUCAGGGCUUGUAAACUCAGUUGAGACGCUAAACGCUUCUCUGAUGAACCCGAAACACAUUUCAAUCAGCGAAUACUCAGAAAGCUUUUUAAUCGUAGACGUUGAAAUGCUAAAGAAGCAAAUCUCAAGAGAUAUUGAGGAGUUUUAUGAAACCUGCAAACACAAAUUCCAUGUCGAUAAAUCAGACUGUAACUCACUCGAACUCUUACUACAGAAGGUCACAUUUAAAAUCGUUUUGGCUUCAGACGCAAACCAGCCUUAUAAAGUGCUUAACCCAGCAACUUGCGCAAUUAUUACCAACGACGGCGUCGGCAUAAACCCAACCCAAACUGCAGGUUUCAACUACACAUCUUUAGCAUUUUGUUUAAACCCACAUUAA